AUGUCGGCUGCUUCCUCAAAACUCAAGGCUAAAAAGCUUUUCAGAGGAUUCAUCGGAAAUUUUCCAAAUGGGAUCAGUAUGUAUCGUUUUGUAGCCUUGGAAAUAGCUGAAGUUUUGUUGGAACCGUUCAAUCGGAGCAUGCAGGUUUUUCUCAUCGAGGAAGACUCACCUGCUGAGUCUGAGAAAGCCGUUAAUCACGAGGUGAUACUGAAGUUCUCUGGGAAAGGAAGUGUUGCUGACAGCGGCAAACAGCUUAUGUUCACGUCUCAUGGAAACUUAAAUAAAAAGGCAUGGCAUACAAUAAAAACCAUGGUUAACUUACCAGUCAUCAGCCCCUUCAAGAAACGCUACUCGUGGGUGCAGCUGGCUGGGCAUACAGGGAGUUUCAAGGCAGCUGAUAGUGGGAAGAUUCUCAAACGCUUCUCAGAGAAUGAAAAGGAGUGUUUUGAGCGACUGAUGAAAGACCCGCUACGUUCCUGUGUCCCCUGCUUCCACGGUGUGGUGGAGAGAGAUGGCGAGAGCUACAUUCAGCUGGAUGACUUGCUUACUGACUUUGAAGGGCCUUCAGUGAUGGACUGCAAGAUGGGCAUCAGGACGUAUCUGGAGGAAGAGUUGACUAAAGCCCGUGAGAAACCAAAGCUGCGUAAGGACAUGUACAAGAAAAUGAUUGAAGUGGAUCCUCUUGCUCCCACAGCUGAAGAGAAUGCCCAGCAUGCUGUCACCAAACCCCGGUACAUGCAGUGGAGGGAAACCAUCAGCUCUAGUGCCAACCUGGGCUUCAGGAUUGAAGGGAUUAAGAAGGCCGAUGGAACAUGUAACACAAACUUCAAAACUACAAAGACACAGGAGCAAGUUCUGCAGGUUUUUGUGGAAUUCAUCGAGGGCAACACAACUAUUCUGAAAAAAUACCUCAAGCGUCUGCAGGAAAUUCAUAUCAUUCUUGAAUCCUCAGACUUCUUCAAGCGACAUGAGGUCGUUGGAAGUUCACUACUUUUUGUACAUGACGGCAGUGGGAAUGCCAAUGUGUGGCUGAUCGAUUUUGGAAAGACCACCCUUCUCCCUGAUGGGCAGACGCUUGAUCACAGGAUCCCCUGGCAGGAAGGCAACAGGGAGGAUGGGUACUUAUUGGGGUUGGACAAUCUGAUUGGCAUUUUGGGAAGCAUCACUGAAAGAUGA